AGCGGCGACACACACACCUGUGCUGUGGUGACAACGCGGGGACAAACGAGUCACACCCCUACCCACGCGCACACACCCCCUCUGGGUUGGGUCCGCUAGUAGAUCUGCCCUCGUGCCUCGAGGCUCGAGCCGACGUGGAACUUGAAGGAGAGCGCUCCUGCGUGUCACGUCGCACGGAGCCCAGGCUGAAAUACAGGAACGAACGGGCUCGUGCUGCAACGUGUCGCUCUCUCUGUCUGUGCGCAGAACCGUUCGGCUAACUAACCACUGACUGACUAGUAGUCCGGUAACCAGUUAAGUUACCAGACACAGCGACAACAGAACAAUGAUACUGAUGAUAUAAAGAAGUGUGCGGGACUCAUUUAAACGAACGGGGCUGCUGCUCUUCGCAACAGGUCAGGUAAACUUAGUUUUAUAACGUCCUUGCGUGGACUAAAUGAGCGCACUCCGCGUACUUUACGAGCGUUUCGCUUCGCUUUCUGACGCGGGUUCUGUCGCUUGCGGAUGGUGGAGGGCGGCGGGCUCGCGAGACGCCACGCAGUCGAAGCCGCAGCGCGCGAGCGAGUCCAGCCGCCGGCGCACGCGACACCCGCUCCCCCUCCUCUCGGUAACGCGUUUUAAAGGGACAAAACCGCAGUCGCUGGUGUCCGACGCACGGAAAGAGAGAACGUGAUGAAGUGCCGGAAAUACUUCCGAGGCAGCGGCAGGGCGCUCGCCUUCGUCUUCGUGGCGUCCGUCAUCUGGCUGCUGUUCGACAUGGCAGCGCUGCGAGUUUCCUUCUCCGAGGUGAACAGUCACCUCCUGAAGGAGCGCGUGGCCCGGGAGCGCGAGCUGGCCAGACAGAACAAGCCCCCGCGCCACGCGCGCCCGAUCAAUAUUAAUAAUUCACCGUUCAGGGAUGAGCUGAUGCACGGAGGCGAUGUGGAUCUAGAAACUGAACUCAGACUUCCGAACAAAGUGGAGAGGGGGGCGUUUGAAUUCGGAAAACGUAAAAACCCCGCAAACAGGCACAGAAAAGUAAAUAAGGACGAAUAUUAUCCCGAAGCAGGGGGUGGAGACGUGGCCGCGGAGACGCACCGCAACUCUCAAAGUAGUAUGGCGAAGUUUGCAAUGAGCAACACGAAAACACCCUUCGGGGAAUCGGCUUUAAUAAACGUUUCCAAGAGCGGUCACGGGGGAAAGGAGCACGCGACCCCCACUGCGAGAAAAGCACAAACCCCCCAAGUGCCUAGAGGAACACCCGAUGAUGUCCCGAGGGGAGUACCGGUACACUCACCUGACUUACGCAAAGCCCCACCUGGCGUGCGGGAAGAGCAAGUGCAGCCCGUUCCGGAUGCGGAUGCGCGGCGCAGUGUUUCCCGCCAAAAGGGCCGCGAGUCGCGCGCGAGCUCUGCGUCCCAGAAGAAGGCGCCUUCUGGCGCGCGCUUACAAACCGAGAAGCUCCUGAGCCGAGAUGGAAAAGCAGAGGAGCACGUUGUAAAAGGUGAUCGAAACGAUGGGGUCAUUAGUGUGGAAGGCCCACUGAACCGUAGCGGCCCCAGCCUGCAACCGACGUCCAGACCGGAAGCGCUCCCCGAAGCUGCAAAUGACACAAGUUCGGUCGGUGUGCACCCGUCCGGCGUUCACAAAGUCAUGUUAAUAGACUUCACCCAAAAGCCGAGGGACCCCGGUGCUGUAGGGCAAUUCGGGCAUCCUGCCUCGGUGCCCAAGGAGAAGGAGCAGGAGAUGAGGAGCCGUUGGAGCGAGGGUCACUUCAACGUUUACCUGAGCGACCAGAUCCCGGCGGACCGGGCCAUCCCGGACACCAGGCCCGAAGCGUGCUCCGAAAGCAUGGUGCACGACGACCUUCCCUCCACCAGCGUGAUCUUCUGCUUCGUGGAUGAAGUGUGGUCCACCCUCCUGAGGUCGGUUCACAGCGUUCUCAAUCGCUCCCCACCGCACCUUCUCAAAGAGAUCAUCCUGGUGGACGAUUUCAGCUCCAAAGACUACCUCAAAGAGCAGCUGGAUGCGUACAUGUCUCAGUUUCCCAAAGUGCGCAUCAUUCGCCUGAAGGAGAGGCAAGGGCUGAUCCGAGCUCGGCUCGCUGGGGCUGCAGUUGCGACUGGUGAGGUGUUAACCUUCCUCGACUCGCACAUCGAGUGCAACGUAGGCUGGCUGGAACCGCUGCUGCAGAGGGUGCACAUGGACAGGAAGAAGGUUGUGUGCCCUGUAAUCGAGGUCAUCAGUGACAAGGACAUGAGUUAUGUGUUAGUCGACAACUUCCAGAGAGGAAUAUUCAAAUGGCCACUGAUUUUUGGGUGGAACACUCUAUCUGAGGAAGCCAUCAGAAAGGAUAACCUGAAGGAUUCAGACCCUAUCAGGUGUCCUGUUAUGGCCGGAGGCCUGUUCUCUAUUGAAAGAAACUACUUCUAUGAACUGGGAACCUAUGACCCUGGACUUGAUGUCUGGGGUGGAGAAAACAUGGAAAUCUCUUUCAAGAUCUGGAUGUGUGGAGGUGAGAUCGAGAUCAUCCCGUGCUCCCGUGUGGGACACAUCUUCCGUGGGGAGAAUCCCUAUUCCUUCCCCAAAGACAGACAAAAGACUGUGGAACGCAACCUGGCUCGUGUGGCCGAGGUGUGGCUUGAUGAGUACAAGGACCUGUUCUAUGGCCAUGGCUACUACCAUCUGCUCAACCGGAACCUCAUUGACAUUGGCGACCUCACCGAGCAGAAGCAGCUCCGGGAGAAGCUCAAGUGCAAGAGCUUCCAAUGGUAUCUGGAGAACGUUUACCCAGAGCUGAACGCACCACUUGUCCGGGCCCAGGGACUGAUCUUCAAUCAGGGAACAAGAAGAUGUCUUUCUCUUGAAAAAGGCUGGCUCACCUUUGAGACCUGUGACCUCACCAAGCAGAGACAACAGUUCAACCACACCUGGAUGUGGUAUAUUCGCCACCGGGAUUUCUGCAUGAUCCCGAGUACCACGAAUGACACCGUGGUCCUGGAACCAUGUGACAACACAAAAUCCCACCUGCGCUGGCUGCACAAGUCCCUCAUCCCCAACUCAGCAAUGCUCGACCACUUUGUUGUGGACCUACUUUCCGGACGCAAGUGCCUGGAAGCCAAGGUCCAGGGUGACGGUGUGCACCUGAAUGACUGCAACCCAUCUAGUCAGCUCCAGAAGUGGCAGUUCACACACUACUACACGAGCUGAUUGAUGGGCCAGAGGCAGACCUCCUCUCCACUGCUUAUUCUGCAUGGAGAUGCAGUAUUUCUCCAAGAGACAUUGUCAGAGACUGCUUUUGAAAUACACUAAUUUCUCUACACUAGGACUAGUGUUCUGAGGAAUAUAAGAAGCUGAAAUUGGCAUAACUGGCAGUCACAUUUUUAGUGGCAUAUUUUAUUAGAGAUUUUUUGAUAUUUUUGAUUUUUGAAAACGCAUCAAAUAGUGCAAGUUUAUAUCUGUAUUAAUUGCACUUGAACUGUGGUUCUUUAUCUACUUCCUUUUCUUGCAUUAACUCAAAGUAUAUGUCACUUUUGAAGCACCGGAGAGUGCACAUAGCUCACCGUGUCAUCACUCUACACACGCAGGCCAAAAAAGCCAAGAGAACAGAGUGAAGUUACUUCACCUUCAUGUUGGUACCAACCGAUCGAUCUGUGCAACAUUUGGUGAGAUUCGUUUCCUGUGUUCCUUGGUCUGACUUUGGGCCACCCUGACGCUAACAAAUGGUUACUGAAAAUGAAUGACUAGAUGGAUGUUUUUUCAUUUUAAAACUUCCCACCGGCGUACGGGAGCAUACUCUGUGUGGCUGUUUCCAGCUUAUAACAACUACCUUUGUCAACACUGCCGUUCAUUGCCCUUUGUUACAAAGUAUAAAUGCUGCAACUAACCGUGGUGCAUUUUGCAGAAUGAGUCUGAAUUAUUAUUACACCAAAGAUUCAGUGUGCCUUCGGGGUGCCUUAUAUUAAAUCAGCAUCACCAAAUAAUCAGUACAUACAAGUUUGUAAGAAUAAUUUUUUUUCAUUGAAAUGUAAAUAUGACAGUGCAACAGAAAAGGGUGUUACGUUUAGCAUGAUGUAAAUAUUUUGACAUUUUGUGAAGGGGGUCAGAGAGAGUGUGGAGAAGUUUUUAUUUUGUUCUUUCUAAUGAAUUAUUUAGCAUGAAAAUCAUGCUAAUGAAAUGCCAUGGCAAUUAAAUAAUGUUUACAGUCUUUGACAACCAUUAUUUAUUUUCAUUUGGCAGAUCCUUCUCAAGCUAAUUUUCUCUGAGUGUUUUUUUAUGUUAUUAUAUAACCUAUAGUUUUUCGUUAGCAUGUCUACCAUUGUGAACUACUCCUAACUGGAGGUACACAAGUGUCUUCCUAGUGUUUCGUAGGGUGUUUGUAGUGUAAUAUUUUACCACUAGAGGGAAACAGAAGAUCUUUCAAACUGUAAUCCUGAAGACAUGCUUGAAAAUUAUUUCUCUUGUUGGGUCUUUCAUUUAUCCUAUACAUAAUGAAACAGUUUCCUGAGUGAAAUGUCCUUAAUCACUGUCGACUGCUUAAGGUGUUUUAAUUUAAUUGAUUCUUUAGUAUGUACCACAGCAGAUAAGGAUGUGAAAUUGUAACUGAAAGCUUAGUGGUUUAAAAUCCAAUAUGGGCCCUGUGGUUGUACCCUUGAGAUGCUGUUUUACUAACGACUACAUUAAAAAUGUUCAAUAACGUAAAUGGGUAAUUUGUGAUAUUUUGUGUAAUGUGUGAUGCUGUAGAUAUGUCUGCUUAGAGCAAUCUGUGUUCUCCUCAGUUAUUUCAUCUGUUUGUUAUAUUCCAGCAAAUCAAAGGCUUUGUAUUGAUGGAAUUAACUGAAUCAGAUGUGCUG